UCAAAAUUUCGUGUAUGGCUGGAAUCAUUCAUUGUUUCUUCUCGCACGGAUAAGCGAUAACUAAUUUCCAUUUCCUUCCCCCACCCCCACCCCCACCCCACCCGUUAUUGUCUUCAUUCUUAUGGUUCGAUGACGGCCAAGUAUGCAUAUAACCGGAGGACGCGAAGUCGAAUCGGCAGUUGGAGCUAUCGGCCGAACAUCGACGCACAGAUACGAGAUUGGAAGAAUUCAUUUUCACCAACACAGGUAAUGUUUCAAAUAAUUUUAAUUCUCUAUCUGUACUUGCAAUAUAUAUGUACAUGGAAUGUGGAAUGCCGCUUAAAGCAUUGCGCGAACGUCUUUGCAAACUGUUGAAAAGUACUUACACUUUAAUGUUAGAAAUGUUGGCCUUAGUAUUUAACAAAGUUUGUGGCUUGGGAAACCUACGAGUUCGGAACUAAACAUCUCCCUAGUUGAAGAAUACCCGCUACACAACCCUCAUUCUUCUGCAGGGCGAACAUGGCCUAAUUUAUCAACGGCUUUAUAAGGUCAUCCCUUAUAGGUCGAAACGAUUACUAAUCUUACUGUAGAAGGAAACCUAAAUCUUGCACUAACUACAGCAGACCAUUUUGUUCCAUCUAGAUUUCAUAUUGAAAAAUGUUCAAGCCUGUUGCUGUUUUUAGUGUAUUGGUCAUGCUAGGUAGGUUUUAAAGUAAAAAUUUUUCGAUGGCGAAAUUAUACCGUCAGAAAGUAUGAUUGUGAAACACUAUAUCAUAUAAUACAUAAACCACACAGUACUACAGGGUGGGAACUUGUUGUGGCCAAUAUAUUUGAAAUGUACCUAUCGAAGGGUAGAUGGCUGUGAAAUCAUUAGAAUAACAAUAUAAUUCAUUAUCUAUGUUAGUCAACGUUUAUUCAUAAAUCUGGUCCUUCACCGUCACGUGUGUAUUGUAUUUUUGCCAAAUCCACCAAUAGCAAUUUCCCUUUUGUUCGAGUCACGGAUAGGUAACUUUCCUAAAACAUUGCUAUUGGUUAGUUGCGCAAAAAUACAAUACACACGUGAUGGCGAAGGACCAGAUUUAUAAAUAAACGUUGAUUAACAUAGAUGAUGAGUUAUAUUGUUAUUCUAAUGAUUUCACAGCCAUCCACCCUUCGAUAAGCUUCGAUAGGCCAUGUCCAGAGCAACGCCGUUCUCAAUGCUACCAGACUAUUUUUCAAACUACCACACAACAAACUAACAGACUAAUAAACUAACUCUAGAUAAUAGCGAUGCCCAACUUCGUGUUUAAUAUUUUGCUGUAUAGGUCUCGUUAUAAAGACUGAAGCUGGCUUUGGAUUUUGUAAGUUGUUACUGCUGCUGUUGUUGUUGUUAUUGUUGGUAUUGUUAAUGUUGUUUUUGUUGGUGUUGUCUUGUUCAAUUUGCUAACAUGACGAAACCCGCGCUAAAGCUGGAGUAAUACGAGCAACAAAAUUGUUGCAACUUGCAACAAAACCUGAUUUCAACGCAUGUUAAGUAGAAAUCAUAGAAUAAGAAAUGGUAGAAAUGUUGACACAUGUUGCCUCGUGAUUUAGAAAUGUAUGUACAAACAUUUUCAAUUAACAUGCGUAGAAAUCAGAUUUUGUUGCAAGUUGCAGCAAUUUUGUUGCCCGUAUUACUCCACCUUAACAUUCUCAGUUCUUUCCGUUAUAAUACAAUGCUGGCGUGUUACAGAAGAAUAUAUAGGUGCAUAUAAUUUGUGAUGCGUCUUGAUAUGAAAACGUUCGUAUUCUUCGGUAGUUGUAAUAAAGGCACGAGUAAUGUAUCAGAUGUACAAGCCUUCUUCACGAUCAUGAUUUUCUUUGUGCUUGUUUCACGAAUUAUUAUGGAUUAUACAAAUAUUUACGGUUCGUUUUCUAUAUAGCAACAUGCGAUGUGAUUUCUGAACACCGCCGGGUAUUAAGUGGUUAUGGCAAUGAAGAAUGCGUGAUUUUUGGUAACUGCUGGGAUGAAACUGCAAGCGAAUGUUACAAAAAAAGUUAGUAAUUUUUCUUUUAGUCGAUUUCAAAUAAGUUUUGGCCAAGUGUUUAGACCUUUGUUGGGUAAUUUCGUUGGGUGAUUCAAGGGUUCAAAAAUAUUAUAGCCCCUUUGCAGCUGGCUAAAAACACUUUGAAUAACAAUAUGUGGAGCCUUUGACCUUGGUUUACAAAUCCUAUAGCUUUCCAAGCUCUUCGGACAACUCAUUGUUCUCAAAUAUUUUAGUUAACUGUAACUGAGUGCAGAGCUAUGGUGCAGAGCCUAUUCACGAAACAUUUACUCCAGGACCAAUCAAAGGCUUUGCCUGCGGACUGGCUAGUGAAUUCAUUAUGAACCCCUAUUCUGUAUUACGAAUUUUUGAACUCCAUAACGCAUUUGCGAAGUUGGGAACGAAAUUCGAACCAUUUAGGCAAAAGUAAUUUGAAAUCUUUAAAUAAUUCGUAUAGGAAAGUCAGGGAUUUUUCACUACAAAUACGUCCAAUUUUCUUACAGUUCAGUGCAAGCUACCUGGAGCUGAAGAAGUUAAAUGUGGCUCAUCGGGAAUAACAGCAAGCGAAUGCGAGGAGGGUGGCUGUGUCUGGCACGAUAGCUAUUGUCAUGGACACAAGUGUUACGAAGGUUGGCUAAACGCAGAAACAACCCUUUGAUACAACCGGAAAUUGAAUGGAAUAGCCAUGUCGCCACAGAUUAAGUAUAUACCAGAUGUGGAACUUCUUAGGACUGUGUGUCCUCAAAUUUCGCUAAGCUAGGAAGAUGGUGGCGCCACAUUAACUAUUACCAAUGACGAACUAUCACGCGAGCGACGCUUGCUUGGAAGAUGGCAACCCGUGGGAGAACUUUUUUACUGAAGUUACACAUCUAUUCAUACUUAAUCUGUGAUGUCCAUAGAUAUCUUAUAUACACUAGAUAGUGCAUCUAAUUAUUCUGAAAUUCAAAAAUUGAAGCCGUGAUUGCAGUCUCAGGUCGUUCCCAUGAAAUUAGAAGAUUCGUAUAUUUUCUAUUUCUUAAACAGGGAACUUAAACAUUAAGUUAACCCUAUUCCAAAUACGUUUUUAAAAUAUUCAAAUGAUGAAAAUUAUUGUUGUUUUUAAGCGUUUAUUAGCAAGUGGGAACGACCAACAUGGCCGCCAUCUAUUCAAAUGGGGGUAACCGCUGGAAUAUUGUUGGCUUCAAUUUUACUAAAAGAGAUGCGCUAAGUGUAUAUAAGAUAUCUAUGGUGAUGUCGCUGAGCGUUCAUUGCAUGGCAUCGUGGGCUCAGUCAAGAAUUUUCGCGCACUUUUUCUUUUGCUCGACUUUGACUAAUAUAUAACAAAGCAAGGCUCAAAUUGCGAGUUAAAAGUGUUUUUAAUUAUGCUCGAAUCUCGUAACAUCGUUUUCGGGCCUUUAGCCUUUCCUAAACCUUAAAUUUUUACCAACACUCGCCAAACAUUUUGCAGACUAUAUCCUGAAAUAAUUCAGCUCCCCUCACCUAUACAUAUGUACAAUCUACGCAUGCUCAGUUAAGCCAGGCUUACGAGAAAAUUCCAAUUCCGAUCGUGAAACGUCGGAAAUAGGUCGUCAAAACAACGGGUGUCUGGAUGGCAAGGAGAACAGUGGGAUUUCCAAAACAAUGAAAAGAUAAUGGAAGAUCCCGAAUGGCAUAUUAUUCUCAGUUCUUUCCGUUAUAAUACAAUGCUGGCGUGUUAUAGACAUAUAUAUCUUAUAUACACUAGAUAGUGCAUCUAAUUAUUAUGCAAUUCAAAAAUUGAAGCCGUGACUGCAGACUCAGGAUAUUCCCAUGAAAUGAGAAGACUCGUAUGUUUUCUAUUUCUUAAACAGGGAACUUAAACAUUAAGUUAAACCUAUUCCAAAUGCAUUUCCAAACUAUUCAAAUGAUGAAAGUUAUUGUUGUUUUUUAAGCGUUUAUUAGCGAGUGGGAAACUUCAACAUGACCGUCAUCUAUUCAAAUGGGGGUAACCGCUGGAAUAUUCUUGGCUUCAAUUCGACUAAAAGAGAUGCGCUAUCUAGUGUAUGCAGUGUAUAUAAGAUAUCUAUGGUUAUAGACGGAUAGGUGCAUAUAAUUUGUGAUGUGCCUCGAUAUGAAGAUGUUCGUAUUCUUCAGUAGUUGUAAAGGCACGAGUAAUGUACCAGAUAUACAAACUUUCACGGUCAUACGAGAUUUUCUUUGUGUUUGGCUUAAAAUGGUUUAGUCUUAUUUUUUCCUGCAAUAUUUGUCUACAAAGCCAAAUGCUAAUUGUUUGGCUUUUUGGAUAAAAUAACGUCAAAACUGAACAAUGUUUUAUUUAAUCCACCAGACUUGCAGUCCAAUGUUCGUAGUUUAAAUACUUAAAGAAAAAUGAACAUCUAAAAAUUAAAUUGUAUUUCUUUCUUUGUUCGUAGGACAAGGGCACACACAUGAAUGAGGGGAGCAUCCGACAGGCGUCAUUGCGAGACACUAUAGCUGUGGAUAUGUAAAACAACUCGUUGUUAAGCUCAAACGUAAUCUUUUAAAUUUUAUAGAUGAAAUAUAGCGAUAUCAAACAUCGAAACUCUUUGUAAUGCUUUUUUUGUGAUUAUUUCUUAUUUAAUUCACGGCAGUUGCCUGUAAUAAUCUAAAUUCUUGCAACUACUUGCGCUUGGAGUAUUUCAACAGAAGAAUCUCAUUAUAGGACAUUAUCUGUCAUUGAAUUUGGGCAUCGACAUGGCCGCCAUUUUGUUUUUCAAUUCUCAAGGCACUGUUUGCAAAUCAAGAAUACAUUGGAAUCCCUUCCCUUGUUUACAUUUUGCUGACAGUCAAUGUCAAUAGACAAUGAGAAUAUUUUAGCUACGGUUUUUUGUUUUGUCAAAUUUUAUAAUCAGUUAGAGUAUCAGUAUAUUGUAGACUUCAUUUUCUCCGAUCAAUUUUUCUUUUUUAAUUUAAGUUUUUUAUUCAUUCUAAUUUAAACACUACUUCUAGUAGCUCUAACCGUAUUUGAGUCACUUCACCAAAUUGCAGUAACACAACAAUUAGUAUAGUUUCGACUGUACGUAAUUUCAUAUUUUUCUAUCAUCAAUUUGUCACUACAUCAAUUCAAAUAGAAAUAUUUAGCCUGGGUUCCAAAUUUACUGUUUUAAAUUCACAUCAUAAAUCAAAUGUUUUGUUCCAGUUGAAAUUAAUCCCAAAAUGUUUAUUUGGACUUUUUCCCGCCAAAUUUGAAAAUAUCAAAUGGACCAGUGACGUUUGACAAUGCCUCGUUUCCAUGGUGAUGGCCGUCGCCGGUCUUCGCUUCCCCCUUCGAACUCUCAGCCUUUUCCGACUUCUUUUGCCCCUCCUCUGAUUUCCCCUUCGACUUUGUCGUUUCGUCAACCUUCGCUUCGACUUUGGGAAUUUUUGAACUAUCGGUCAACUUUUCGGCGUGAAUUUUCGUCUCCGCUUUCGUGUUACCUUCGGAUUUACUCGUGCUUACUUCGGCGACAUCUUCGGUAAGGCCGGCGGUCUCCGAACUAUCCUUCCCCGUUUUUGUUUUUUCUUUUUGGCUUUUUCGACUUCGCCUUCCUGGCGAAAGCAGUUUCUCUAACAAUGGCGAUUUUGAGCUUCGUCGAGUUUUUAAAGAAGGGUCAAUCUUGCUUCCCUUGCUUUCUUUCACGUCCUUCAAGGCUUCCGUUUUACCUUUGCCUUCGUUUGCAGACUCUUUAAGAGAGAUUUCUUGUAACUUUUCUUCGGUAGCAUGCGUAUCCGUGGUUUUAUUUUCGGUUUUUCCUCGAGUGGUCCUUUCGAUCAUUUCCAUUACUUCUGUUUUCUUAGGAGUAGACUGGCAUUUACUCGUCUCGGCCUUUGAAAAACAAAAGUUAUGUCUGUCAGUAUUUAAUGCCGGUACAUGCAUUUC